GCUGAGGUAGUCGGUGAUCUUCACUCGUACGCAGAUGCAAACGCCGCAUACAAAGCGAUGAGACGCGUGCACUACAAGGGAGUGGAAGCGAUGAACCUUAGGAAGGGUCUGGAAGCCGCACGCGAUAUGAUCAACUUUAACGAUCGGCCAAAUGUGAAGAAAGUUGUCAUCGUAUUUACUAACAAGCAUGAGGACUGCACUUAUCAACAAGAACACGCUGAACUGUACGACUGUUCAUUCAUUUCCUUCAAGCAGAAGAUGAAAAAACCAGAUGAAGACGAAAAUCCAUGUCGUAUCGCCUCAUACCUUGUUGAGAAUGGCGUUAUCGUAUUCACGGUCGCCUUGAAAUACGAUGGAGCACAGGAUUAUCCGAAAGUGAACCUUGGAACCAAUUGCUAUUGUCUCAAACCAUACGUACAGUAUUCGCAUGACGAUCGAUGCAUCGAAUACGGUGAAUGUCUUUACGUAUACGGCCAGUCAGAGAGUUACGAUGUUGCUGAAGAGACUUGCGCAGAUGCUAAAUCUUCAUUUGUGGACGUCUUCAGUCAUGAUAAGGAACUUUUCAUCGAUGUGGGCGGUUUGGACGAUUUGUAA